UCUUUGCGCCAACACCAUCUUUGAAAACGACCUCGAACUCACCCACCCUGUUGUUCGAAUCCUACCAUACCAGCUCGAACUUUACAAGAUGCCGAAAGAACGCAACUUUAAUCCGGUACAAGCCCAGAGAAAGGCUGACAAAGCGAAAGCGAUAAAGAAAGGCAAGGCCGAAGUCCAGUCCCGUCGCAAUGAGAAACUUGCACGCCGGAAUCCCGAACGAAUCCAGAAGCAGAUCGACGAUCUCAAAGCUAUUACGACAGGGGGCGGUAAACUUUCUCGGCAUGAAGAGCAAGUUCUUGAAGGUCUCGAGAAGGAACUCCAUGCAGUGAAGAAGGCACGCGAAGUACUAGGCGACAAAGCACCCACAUUCGGCCGCGGCGGUUAUGAUCGCGAUGGCGAUGCUUCAAGGGGCGUGCUUGGAAAGCGGAGACGGGACAACGAUGAGUUGACCAGCGAUGAGGAUGUCCCCGAUGAAGUCAAGCGAAUCCCCAUGCCGCGAGAUACCCCUCCACCGAUCCCAAAGGAAGUGAUGGAUAAGUGGUAUGCUAAGAGACGAGCGAGGCGACAGGCUGAGCAGGCCGAACAACAAAAGUCAGAGGAAAAGGAAGACAAACCUGCAGCGCCAGAGCCCAAGACGGUGUACGAAGCCAAGCCAAUGGUCCGAAAUUUGGCACAAGAGGCAGUUUCUGCUUUCGUGCCUACGGCUGUAAAGAUCAAGAUGGACAAGGGCAAGGGCCAAGCAGGGUUGAUGGAGCCCGAGGAGGCGGACAGGCUCGAGCAAGAAGGCUAUUUAAAGUCAACAACCUCCGUGGAUGAGACCGCAGUUGCCGGGCCCAGGAAGGCUAUGGUGGAGGAUGUUGAAGAUAAUGAUGUCUGAGUGGGACCGCCGAUUGCUUCGUCAAAUCUAAAAACACACGCAUUGGUCUGAGAGUGCGUACCGACGAAGCCCGAUGCCGACUCCUUGCCUCGAAAUCAUCGAAAUCGUUACGGUGGUCGUCCCUGCGACUUGGCGCCAAACACACACCCAACAGGGGAUUGCUUCUGGUCGGCUUGUUUUGAUUGAUCGCUUUCGCGGUUCAAAACCUGCCGCGUGCCAGACGACGUAUUACGAGAGUUCUCGUCAGUGGAGACGGAUGGCAGGCCGAGAGUACUGUCCUCUAAUAUCACAAGCUGCGGAAGUAUGAAAAGAGUUCAGACAGUGAACCUACACCAAUAGCCAAAGCGGUGACAGUCAGCCAGACCUGAACAUACAUUCAAACCGCUGCAUUGCGAAUGCAAUCUCUCCCACCGACAACUUUCAGGCCAAACGAGGAAACCGUCUUCCACCAACGGUGCAACAUAACGACGUGGAAUAUUCAAUCGAACAAGCGGUAUCCUGCUCGGAACUCGACUCUGUCUGGGAUAACGCACGAAAGGAAUCUUAUGCUGUCAUAUUGAAAUUAUCGGGCCAU